UUGAUUGAGCUAGCUUUCUUUUAAUAAAAGAACAACCUUGUAGUGUUUUUUUUCCUCCUUUUCAGCUUCACACAUUCUGGGUGGAGAGUGACAAUUACUUUAAUGUGACAAAGCCAUGGUUUGCUUCACGAAUUCCUUUUCCCUUGAGUUUGAUCCUGCCUGGAAGAAUGUCUAAGGGAGCACUGACUAGGAUCCUCCUGACCAGAGGAGAGCCUCCCCUCUACCACCUCCGAGAAGUGGAAGCACAGAUAUACAGAGAUGCCAAGGAGUGCCUAAAUCUUCUGUCAAACAGAUUGGGAACGUCUCAGUUUUUCUUUGGAGAUACGCCUUCUACCUUGGAUGCCUAUGUGUUUGGUUUUCUUGCACCUCUUUAUAAAGUUCGCUUUCCUAAAGUUCAGUUGCAAGAACAUUUGAAACAGCUCUCCAAUCUCUGCCGCUUCUGUGAUGACAUCCUAAACAGUUAUUUUAGGCUUAGUCUUGGAGGCAUCUCUCCUGCUGGACAAGAAACAGUAGAUGCAAAUCUGCAGAAACUCACACAGCUUGUAAAUAAGGAAUCCAACUUGAUUGAAAAGAUGGAUGACAAUCUUCGCCAAAGCCCUCAGCUUCCUCCUCGGAGACUGCCAACACUUAAAUUGACUCCAGCAGAAGAAAGUAAUUCCUCACAUCGGCCAUCACCCUGACAGUCAUCACAGUUUCGUCCACAGUCAUAUGACUGCUGCAGUAAUCUCUUACACUAAGUAGGUGAAGGAAAAAGGGAAAUGCCAUUAAUAGGUAUAAGGGAAACUCUAAAAUGAAAGCAACUUUCUAUGACAUCUAUUUUUUUUUAAUUAGGAAGCUUAUAUUUUAGCUUGGCAAUGCACUUUAAAGUGAAUGAUACAUGAACUUGGGUGGAAAAGAAAACACAUUGUACUGUUAGUAACAAAAACCUGCCUUAAUCUUGGCAGAUACUUGCUCUUGGUUCACAUGUUGCUGAACAAAAGCUACAAUUCUGUUCUGAAUGUGCACUCAAUUUAUUCAAAUUAGUUUAUCAGCUUUCAUAGAACAGUCUGAAUAUCUAAUAUGAAGCUGUUUGGCUAAGGCCUUCUUUUGUUUAGAAAUCUGAUGCCUAUUUUAGACACUGGGAAAAAAUAUUAUUCUAAUAAUCUAAUAUUACUUCAGUAGAAAAGCCUGUAUUUAAAAAGCAAUGAGGAAUGUGUUUUUUAAUUAUGCUCUCAUAAGUCUAAUUUUUUGGGGGGUUAGUACUUAUAUAUAAUAUAUAAAUAUUAAAGGUGGUUACAUACAAUAUUCAUCUAGCUAUAUGUACUUCAUUAUAACAAUAGUAUUUGCUGAUGUGCUCAAUAUAAGUUAGCAAGGGCUCUUUUAGUUUAUUGGGAGAAUAUGGCAGCUUUAGAUGUGUUUGAGGAACAUCUUUAACUCUAGUCAUCUCUUUCUUGGAUUGAUUUCAGAAGAACUGAAUGUGUUGGUCAUUGUUAUUAUGCCAGGCUGUAAAGUCUUACUGAAACUUGCCCAGUUGUUAGACACUACUCAGGAGGAGCCACCACCAGAGUAAUAGAGGUCCCUACUGUGGGCCUGGCCCAAGUUCACCAUGGUUGGCUCAGAUCAGUGUUCUGUCAUAAAAAUCAUAUCAUGUCAAAAGCUUUAUGACCACUAAUCAUUUUCCAUGUAGUUUAACUACAGUGGGAAGAUUCAGUUGGAAUAACCAGAAGUAGCAGUAGAUUUUUAAGAAUGUUUUCUAUUUAUUGGUUGUUGAACUUUUAAAGGAUUUGCUGUGCAGGUAAUUUUACUUAAUAAUAUAAUCUUGCUUAUUUUAGGGGCUGAGGUGCUUCAGUUGUCCUAAAACCACUUCUGGGGUUCUUAAAAUAUAGGACCAUAUUUUUGAUUAGCGUCUUAAAAGAUAACUGUGGUGCUCAGCAAGUCUUAUCACUUCCUGCAGAAACCCCCAUGUUACGAAAACAGCUUUGUAGUUGAGACGUGUCUAAUUUGAGCUGAGUGGAGCUCAGCUGUCUUUGACCUGUAUCCUCCCAAUUUGUUCUGUAUUUAGGUAGCUAUUUAUACAGGAGUUCUUAAGUCAUUGUAGGCAAUUUUUCUUCAAAGUUUUAACUAAGUGAGAAAUGAGGUGGUCUUCAAAAUCUUGUUCAUCUGUUUGGAUGCAUUUAGGGAAAGGAACAAAUGAGUUUCAAGUUACUUCUGCAACUGGUUGGGGAGAGAGAGCAAGAGUGUGUGUGUUCUGUGUUUGUGAACUUGAUUCCAGCAAUCUGAAAUCUGUGUGAAUAUUCUAUACUGAAAAUCAUGACCAUAGGACUGUUGUCCUCUAGGAUUGAUGUAUAUUAAAGAAGGUGGUUAAUCAGACAUCUGUUUAUGCUUUAAUCAGAGUUAGUCAUUUUCAAUUAUGAUUUAUAUUAAAACUUCCAAAAACCAUUUGAAGUGGCUUACAGUUGUCCAACACAUGUAAAGCAGGACAAUUUAAAUUAGUUUUAAAAAACUAAAAAUUCUGUAGAAGAAAGAGCUAUACUAACAAUAACAGGUUCUAAAACUGAAUGGUAAAGUUCAAGUUUCUCCAUGGGCAAAGUCAAAAAAUAAUACUGGGUUAUGUAAAUUUUUCUGUCAAUAAACCUACUAAUGUCCCUGAGUAAGAAAAAUAUAUUUAACUUUUUACAAGAUUAUGGGAGAUCAUGUUCUUAUGACAUAGACCAGCUGAUAAGCAUACUGUGAUGUUUCAUAUGUUGACAGUUUAACAGAAGGUGCCAUCUUAGAAUAACAAGUAUAUCUAUGUCCUUUUUUAGUAGAGAAGAUGACUUGAAUCAGUGUAUUUUCUUUUGGUCAUUCCUGCUUUGAACUGCUUUUAGUCUUACACUGAGAGGCCACUAUGCUUCCAGACUGCCUUUCCUAAGAUGCAAAAUGUGAUUUAGAUAAGUGAGAUUUUUAUGUGUUGGGUUACUUGGGUGAGCUUUUUUUGGUAUAAGCCAACAAGAUGAGCACAAACCACUCCAGGGAUCAGCCCCACAUACAGGAAGCUUUUGGAAAGGAACAACUUUCCAGACUGGGCAGAAAGCUUGUGAUCAGCCUGUCAGGAUAUAUUUUGGAUAAAGUUUGAGUGUGCUGAGGUAAAUGAUCUAUAGUCUCAGAAUACUCUGGACCACUUGCUUUUGGAGGGGAUGGUGGAGAAUAUUAUGAUAAAAAGGACUAUGUUUGUUUUUAUAUUUGUUAGUAGUAUAGGACUAGAAAAUUGGUCAGAUAAUUCCCAUGAGAAAAAUAUCCUCCAUCAACAGACUCUCAGCAGUCAUCCAAAGACCAACCAUUCUUACAACACUAAAGAAACUGUAAAAAAUGUUGAGGCUAGUCAUUCCUUCAUAGUGGUUUUUUUCCCCUACAAAGUUUGGCACUGACAGAUCAGAUUUCAACUUAGGUAUGUUUGUAUUAUUUUUUGGGUAUUAGAGGACUGAAGAUUUUACAUUAAAUCCAAAGCAUUUUGAUUUCCAUUUGUAAUUUUUCUUCAUUUAAUAUUGCUAGUGAUGGUAACAUGAAAAAUAAGAGGAAGCUUACUUCAAUGAGAGCUAAGUUAAAAUUUUCAAAAGUUUAUAAAAAUGGAAAAAACUGGACAUCAAUAGAAGCAGAAAUUUGUAACCAUGAUAGUAUCUCAGAAAAUCAUUUUUUUUAAAGAUAGCUACAUGUGAUAAAGUGGUAUUUAAAGUUGGUAGUUUAUUUUCUUAGAGCCUCUGCCAAGAAUAUAAAUUUGCCAGGCUUUUUAGAUUUUUUGAGUUGCUCAUAAACUGUCAAAAAUUUUAACCCUUUAACACCAAAAUAUAAAUGCUUAAAUGUAAAAACAAGAAGCUGAGUGAUGUAUAUACAGGAUUUCUCUGUACUAUUUUUAUACUUCUUGUGAGUUUUUAAUUACUUUAGAAUAAAAAGGUUUUAAAAAGUAAAUCUAGUAUAUUAUCAUUAUCUACAUAAACUACAAUUUAAAAAAAUGCUCCAAAGACAGUAUUGAGUAUUCAGUUCCAGAUGAAUAAAUAUAUAAUAUAAAUUAAAUAUAAUUUAUUUCAUUCUUGAGUUUAAAGAAAAAAACCCACAUUUGUAACAAAUGAUUAUCUAAAGAUCUAUUUUGCCUUACCAGAAAAGAAAAAAACCAUCUAAAACCAAGAACUCCUUUUCCUUAGUAUAUAAAAUGCUCUAUGAUUUUAUGCUAGUAAUUAUAACUUUUUCUUCCUAUGGUCCCUGGGUUUACUUUUGAGGGUAAAAUGUUUUAAAACAAGUUCUGUGUCUCCAUGUGGUAGUCCUUUGCUUUGCAUGUGUUCUCGCUGCACAGUGGCGAGAUGAAUCCUAGGACCAGCUGUAGUGAAGAAGAUGCAGUACGUCUGCACACUUUUCGUUUGUAGCUCACUGGGAUUUAGUAAUUGGCUUUGUCUUGGUUCGGCUGUUUAUGUAAUUGAAAUCCUGAGCAGAGCUGCAGAGUAUAAUUUGAGUUUGAUUAUGGUCUUUUGUAUAUGUUGUUGGCAUUAAGAAUUAUCUUCUACCUUUUUUCUUGUUUGGUCCUGUGGAAUUUACAUUUAUGCUUCAGUGUUUUCAUAUUUCUUAAACAGAUUAUUAAUAAAUUUGUUGCUAGUUUUAUAUAACCAAAAGUCAGUAGUCUUAUUGUCUGAAAUUGAAGUUUCAUUAGAUCUUCAAAAUGCUGAUUUGCAUAGAUACAGAGAUGGUUUUCUGUUUCUUAAGAGUUUGUAAAAUACUUGAGCCCAAAAUUCUUGUUGAUGUGUAGUGUUUGCUAGGAGCCCAGUUUAAUUGUCCUAUACUUAAAACCAUUGCUAUUGAGGUGGAGAGGUAUUCUUGGAAUACAAAAAUCAUGCAAAAAUUGUAUGUUCCAGACAAGGAGGCCAAUGAUUACUGACAAGAAUUAACAUUCUUGAACAAUGAUACAAAGAAGGGUAACUUUGAGUUGGAUAUUUGUAAAUGAGGGACUGUUUCUAUAGAAGAGAAUUCAGAGUAAAAGUUAUUUCUUUAAAAACAAUACAGGAAAGUAAAUCUUUGUACCAUUAUUAUUUAUUUGAAAUUAUACUGUAUGAUAUUUUUUAUUAAGGUACAUUGAUAUAAAUCUUAUGAAGGUUUCAGAUGAGCAACAUUGUGGUUACUACAUUUGUCCCUGUUAUUAAGCCCCCGCCCCUAAUACCCAUUACAGUCACUGUCCAUCAGUGUUAUACUGUAUGAUUUUUAACAGCCAUCUUUUAGUUCCUCAAAGAAUUAGUUCCUAAAGGUGCAUUUUGGCAGAAUAUUUUGUAAUUGAGUGAGUAGGGGGUUCUAUAGUCAAAGAAGUUUGGGAAAUGGUGGGUUAGACAAAGUUAAAUUACUGUAGGCUUUUCAGAACCUUUGAUAUGCCAUUGUGUGCUUUCUAUCUCCAAGAAGGGCCUGUAUUUUAUAUACCAUUUCCCUAAUUUAUUUUUAUGUGUUUUUUUUUUCUUUUAAGUUGGUGUCUUGAGGGAUUUGUGUUCUGAGAAAUACACUUAGGGAAGUGCUGUGCUAGAGUGCUUUUGCUUGACUGUGCUCCCUGCAAAGGUUUCUGUUGAAAUACCCCCUAGUGAGUGGGGAUAGAAUGGAAGAGACAGCUCAGGACUCCCCUGGAUUGUGUCAUUGACAGCGGGGCUGGGUGGCUGUAGGUUUAGAAGGUUAGUUACUUGGGCGCAUGUGAUGCCCCUGGUCAGUCUAGCCCAUUUCCCUUGAAUCCCACUUGGCUUGGUACAGCUGGACAGGAGUGUGAACUAGUGGUUUCGGAGAACUAAGUGGUUCCUAGGUGUCUAUGGAUCAGAAGGAACCAACUUAGAAUUCCAGAACAGUUCCUCAAAUCAUUUUUGGCUGUGCUUUAAAGGUGUCAGAAAGGUGAUGGUAUUUAAAGCACUAAAAUCACAUACAAGCUGGUUUAUAUAUAUAUUUAUAUAUGUUAUACACAGUGUUGUAGAAAGUUUACAGUUGUUUCAGUGAUAAAGUAAAAGAAGUUUAAUAUUUUCAAGUUCUAUUCUAUUACUGAAUACAUGCUUUAAACAAGGAUUGCAUGUUUGUGCAUUUUCCAGGAUGAGGGUUUACAGUUUUCAUUAAAAAUUCUCAAGUGUCUAUAUCCCAAAAAAUGUAAAUGUCACCAGACCUCCAAAUUUCAGAGGACUUAAGUAUAUUUCAUUGCAUUUCAAAGUAUAAAACCAGACCAUGAAUCAGGCAUAAGGAUGCUUUUUGUUUGUUUUUGCAGUGUAUACAGUUUCCUAUUGGGAACUCCACAGUUUAGAUGUGUUAUAUGGUAGAGAGCUUGCUUUUGGGUUUUGAGUUGUGCUGUAAUAGUAAACACCUAACCAUAUGAAAAGGAGUUGGAUCUUUGUUCUGAUUCUUCAGUUUCCUCAUUUAAAUUCAGAGAAAUGCCUUUUAAUCACUUAGUUUAUAUAUCCCAGAUACUUGGAAAUCAAGAAAAGUGACUUGUCAGAGUUUGCGUUAGUCCUCAGCAAGUCAUGCACCGUAGAGAGAGUUGUGCUGGCCAUUCAUUCUUUGGACUGUUGGCUACUUCUCUUGCAAUGCAAGUGUCAUUAUUUUUUGAAGGAAGGGUGAACUCAAGCUUUUAUGUUAAUUGCAUAAAGAUGAGCUUUUUUCCUCUUCUGACUUGGUAUUUUAUUUUGCAAAAUAGGAGAUAAUGUUUUUCCAUUUUUCUACUCAUCUUGAAGUGUAAGUUUGAGGUGUUAGUAAUGUAACUUUAGCUUUCUAGAAGAUUGACAGCAAAGAAAAUAAAUAAGAUACAUAUGUGUACACAUACUGGUUUUGUUCCAAGCAAGCCUGUUUUUGACUGAUAAACAUUUUAAACAUCUAUUCUAGUGUACAAAUAGUAUAGUUUUGUUACAAAGUCAACAAUCCUAAAAUAAGCAAUGUUGGUCAUAAUUUAAAUAUUCUGGCCUUUCCUAGUGUGAAUGUAUUUUACUCAGAGACUCUGUAUAAAUACUCACAAGUGAUGAUCAUGAUCAGUGUUGUAAAGAAUUUAUUCUGAUAAAUGAGAAACUGGAUAUAAUGUCAGAAUAGCUAUUUUCACAAUAAAAUCUCAAAUUGCCUGAAUGUU